AACAUUUGACACGUCUGACGUCUGCUUCAAAACUAGCGAGCGAGUUCUGUCCAAAAUUAGUGCCAGUUUGGUCUUUUAAGUGUAAUUUGAUCACUAAUCUUAGACUUAGAAAAUGAUUAUAAACGGGAUAGAGGUGAUGGUACCCGCUCCUCUCGACGAGCCUUUCGGUGCCACCCAGUUACAAAUCCAAAAUGAUUUCAUGCAAGCCUGUAUGGAUGCCUUUGCUGACAAGGAAAAGCCAUCUUUCCUUGAGUCACCGGAGGGAACAGACAGAACAGUUACCCUCUUGAGUACCGCUUUGGCUUGGAUCGACCAUCAAUUUAAGACGAAAGAGACACAGACGAACAAAAUACUCUACUUGUGUGGUACCAAUGAUGGAUGUCAUAGAAUUAUUCAAGAAUAUAAAAACAGGAUAGAAAAGAAUUAUGAUUUUGAAAUGAAGUUACUCGAUUCUGAAAACAUUUCAAUCUUCAAUCAAACUGAUGAGGGAUUGCAGAAUAAAAGAGAUGAGGUUGAUAGCAAAGAAACGACCAAUGCCAAAGAAAAUAAAUGGGUGGUUAAUCCAGUUAUCAUUUUCGGUACUCACAAUCUUUUCAUUGAAGGUAUCAUGUCGAAGUCCCGGAAAGGCACAUUCAGUUUAAAGGAUACUAUUGUACUUGUCGAUGAUGCUCAUCUUAUAGAAGAGACAGCAAGGAAUGCUAUGAGUGCUUCACUUAGUCAUUGUGUUUUUCAAACUUUUGAAAAGGAUCUAGAACAGGGAGUUGGAAGUGGUCAUGAACUGUCCGACUUUGCUUUUCAGCUGAAGAGGCUGAAGGCAAUUUUUAUGAUGAAACCUUAUGUAGAACAUUACGGAUUUCCAUCUUACAGCUACAAGGAUUUAGAGCAUUACUUGAAACCCAUUCAUGAUUCUGCACCAUUAUUAACAGUUCUUAAGAAUUUCACAAACAUAGAUACUAAUAAUGUUAACAAUAUUUUGAAAUUUAUUUCACAUAUUUUUAAUUUUUCUGAAUUAGAAUCGGAGUUAGACUCUGUGAAAGCUUAUACAUCUGAAGAUUACUUUGUUGGGCAACACAUGCAUCAUUGUAAAGAAGGAAGUAACUGCAAAACUAUACAAAUUUUAUGUAUUGACCCUUCUGUUCUAAUCAAGAGGAUUCUCAAAUCUAAUGCUUCUCCAAUUUUUACAAGUGCCACAAUUUCACCUCUCUCAGGAUUAAAAACAGAAUUGCAGAUUGAGUUGUCAAAUGAUUUCACAGGAAAAUCUUUUGUAGAGGACUUUCAGAUCUUUUGCAGAAUUGUGUCUUGUGGUGCUGGAGGCUAUUUCCUGAAUUCUUCCUUUUCUACACGGGAUGAUAAGGAUUAUUUGACCUCUUUAGGAAAAACUGUUUUGGAAUUUUCAAAGGUUACACCUGAGUGUGAAGGCGUCUUAGUGUACUUUAUUUCUGCAAGUUUAUUAGAAAAUUGUGUAUCACAUUGGCAGAUUGCCAAGCCUGCAGGACAAGUAACAUUAUGGGAUGAAAUCUGUAAAUAUAAGGACAUCAUUUCAAUAUCUAGAAAGGAUGACCAGGACAAGGUGGAAAAGUUAAAUAAAGAGAAAGGAUCAUGUAUUCUUACUACGAUUCGGGGACCUAUACCUGAAGAUAAGUUAUCUAUUCAAAAGAGGAGAGUUGUGAUUGUUGUGGGAGUACCCUUUUUGUAUACAAAGGACCCACAACUUCGUUUAAAAAAAGAAUAUAAUAAAGAGAAAAUUAGAGACAAAAAUUUGAAAUUUUUGUCAGAAUCACAAUAUGAACAAAGAGAGGCAUAUAAACUGGUGAACAGAGUUAUAGAUCGCCAGAUUUGCUCUAAAUCCCAGUAUGGUGUUAUUCUGUUAUUGGACACUCGAUACAGGGAAAGUGAACUGUCCCCUUCGAUUCGAUUAAAAAUCCAGAGAGAAAAGAGAUUUCAUGAACUCAUUUUUGAGUUGAAGGACUUCUUCUCUCAUGUAAAAGACAGAGUCUCAUCAACAAGUGUAAAUGAAGAACUAGUCAGUACUCAGUUUGGAGGGAAAGUAAAAAAAUGGGAGUUUGAAAAAAGUCGUCUUGAGUAUCUUAAAUUAAAAAGGCAAAAUGACAGGUAUUCUGGUAAUAAAAAAUAUCUUGAAAAUAUGCUGCAGGAGCAUCUUAAAGCCAAUGAACUGCUGAAAGAAGAUCUUGAAAAACUUAAAGCUCAAGUGCCAAUAGCAAAAACGCCUGUGAAAAGAGAACACCCUGUCAGUCAGUCAGGAAGUGGCAGUGAAGGUUAUAGCCACAGCCCUAUCAAAAUUCCGAAACUAGAGUCUCCAAAAAAAAAGGAAGAGUGUUCUAUCAAUCAAGCUGGGGGAAGUUCCAUUGUAAGUCCAAUCAAAUUAAGUCUGGAAGAGUUACAUAUUCAGUCGCCUGCAAAGGAACUGAGCUCUGUCAGUCAAGCUGAAGGUGCUGUGAGACUUGUAAGUCCCCUCACAUCUGAUUUCUCAUCUAAGAAAAGAUCCUACGAAGAUUAAAUUUACCAAUGAUAAAUAUGUGAUGUUUCUCUUCAAAUCUUUUAUCUAAUCUAAUGAAGACUCUAAUAAAGACAUUUAUACAUUCU